CAUUCACCUGGUCGCUCAUCCGGAAUUAAUUGUGGAUAUUCGGUCGAGAUUAGAAAUAUUAAGUUUUGUAACAGAAAAUGACCCUUUACCACUUCGGUAACUGCGUAGCGCUGGUCUAUGUACCGUACUACUUCACGUACAAGUAUUCCGGACUAUCUGAUUAUGGGGCAUUCUGGAAAUGCGUUCAAGCUGGCGGAAUAUACGUCUUUACGCAGCUCUGUAAGAUGCUGGUUCUCGCUACGUUCUUCCCUGAUACCGAUACCUUCAGCGAGGGUGCUCCCUUCAAUUUCAUUGCCGAAUUCCUCCGGUGCAGUGUAGAUCUGGUGGACUUACUCGGCCUCGCGUUCGUACUGUCGAGGAUCCCUGGCAAAGGUCACAGCAAGCUUAUCACCGCCGGUUUGGGCUGGGCGACCGCCGAAGUGGUGCUAUCGCGCGGCCUGAUGCUUUGGGUUGGAGCGCGAGGCGCCGAAUUUUCGUGGAUUUACAUCCUCAAGUGUCUCGAAUCGAACGUUCUGCUCGUCCAGCAUCUUUCGACCGCCACGCUGCUGUGGUUGUUCUCCCGUCACGAUCUGGAUAAAAGGUAUGCUCCCUUGGUGGUGGUGCUGCUGGUGGCCACUUCAUACCGUGGCGUAUGGCUUGAGGGUGCCCUACAUGCGAUCUCCGCUGGCCCAUGGCUAAGCCUUGCCUUGAAAGCCUUCAUAACUAGCUGCAUAGGAGUUGUUUCGUUGCACAUCUAUUCUGGACUGGCACAGUUAAUUGGACUGUAAAGCUGGGGCCGCAUUUGAUAGUUUUUGUUUCUUUCUGUACUCACUACUGCCCAAAAACUAUGGUUAGCAAUGUCUGCAAUAAAUAAAUGUUUGUGCAACAUAAAUUUAGGAAAAAUCAGGCUUAUUUAUUCAAAACUCCAGUUCGGCCCCUUAAUAAAACUUUUUGGUGCUCCAUUA